AUGGCGGCAGCCGAGACCGCGAACUGCAUCAUGGAGGUCUCCUGUGGCCAAACAGAAUGCACCGAGAAGCCCAACGCGGAGGACAUGACGUCCAAGGAUUACUACUUCGAUUCCUACGCCCACUUUGGAAUCCACGAGGAGAUGCUGAAAGACGAGGUGCGCACCCUCACCUACCGCAACUCCAUGUUCCACAACCGGCACCUCUUCAAGGACAAGGUGGUGCUGGACGUGGGCUCGGGCACGGGGAUCCUCUGCAUGUUCGCCGCCAAGGCCGGGGCCCGCAGGGUCAUCGGGAUCGAGUGUUCCAGCAUCUCUGAUUACGCGGUGAAGAUCGUCAAAGCCAACAAGCUAGACCACGUGGUGACCAUCAUCAAGGGGAAGGUGGAGGAGGUGGAACUUCCUGUGGAGAAGGUGGACAUCAUCAUCAGCGAGUGGAUGGGCUACUGUCUCUUCUACGAGUCCAUGCUCAACACCGUGCUCUACGCCCGAGACAAGUGGCUGGCACCCGAUGGCCUCAUCUUCCCAGACCGGGCCACGCUGUACGUGACGGCCAUCGAGGACCGGCAGUACAAAGACUACAAGAUCCACUGGUGGGAGAACGUGUAUGGCUUUGACAUGUCUUGCAUCAAAGACGUGGCCAUCAAGGAGCCCCUGGUGGACGUGGUGGACCCCAAGCAGCUGGUCACCAAUGCCUGCCUCAUCAAGGAGGUGGACAUCUACACGGUGAAGGUGGAGGACCUGACCUUCACCUCGCCCUUCUGCCUGCAAGUGAAGCGCAACGACUACGUGCACGCGCUGGUGGCCUACUUCAACAUCGAGUUCACGCGCUGCCACAAGCGCACCGGCUUCUCCACCAGCCCCGAGUCCCCGUACACGCACUGGAAGCAGACGGUGUUCUACAUGGAGGACUACCUGACGGUGAAGACGGGCGAGGAGAUCUUCGGCACCAUCGGCAUGCGGCCCAACGCCAAGAACAACCGCGACCUGGACUUCACCAUUGACCUGGACUUCAAGGGCCAGCUGUGCGAGCUGUCCUGCUCCACGGACUACCGGAUGCGCUGA